UUUCUUGUCUUGUCUGUUAGAGUUUGACGUUAAGGUAUAAAUGUUGCAUUCUAUUCCGUCACUAAUACCCUGACGGUCCCAUGUCAUUACUGCACUUGAACUACUAGUUAUCUAUUGGAUACAGGGUCACAUCUUAUGACCGCUCGGUGUCUGCACCCCCAGCUGUCGCCCUAACAGACACUCCCACGAUCCUGUGCAAAUCAUUAACUGCAGCCUCAGGCCACUACGGAAUCUUUCAAUUAUUGGGUAGUUGGUCCAGAGUUUAUUUAUAUUCCGUGGGGAAAGUACGAGUCGACAUGCACAGCAAGAAGGAAUCCAGAUACGAAAACUGUGAGGAGACUGCCCGCUGGCUCCGAGAUCGUGUGCGCACCCCUCCAAGCAUCGCUAUAAUCUGUGGUUCUGGCCUGGGACUCCUUGCUGACACAUUGUGUGACCCACAAAUCUUUUCCUACAGCCAGAUACCAAACUUCCCAACAAGUACCGUGCCUGGACAUGCAGGGGAGCUCGUGUUCGGAACUCUACAAGGGAAGUCAUGCGUGUGCAUGAAGGGAAGGUUUCACGUCUACGAAGGAUAUCCUCUAUGGAAGGUCACACUCCCUGUCAGAGUGUUUAAGCUGAUGGGGGUUCAAGUCUUGCUGGUGACAAAUGCUGCUGGGUCUCUGUGUGAAACCUACCGGACAGGGGACCUCAUGAUUAUUAGGGAUCACAUUAACAUGCCAGGAUUGGCUUCCUUGAACCCUCUCAUAGGGCCAAAUGAUGACAGGUUUGGCCCCCGAUUCCCCUCUCUGUGGGAUACCUAUGACCAUAACUUACGAAGCACAGCCCUGGAAAUCACCCAUCGCCUGGGACAUGCUAAACUGACCCAUGAGGGGGUGUACUGUAUGGUGGGGGGUCCUAACUUCGAGUCAGUGGCAGAAGCCAAAUUCUUGCGCCUCCUGGGGGCCGAUGCUGUGGGAAUGAGCACAGCCCCGGAAGCUGUUGUUGCAAAGCAUUGCGGGAUGCGAGUGUUCGGUUUGUCGCUGAUCACCAACCGUGUGGCCCAGGGAUACGAGGGGCAGGAGGCCAUAGAUCACAACAGUGUCCUGGAAGUGAGCAAGUGGAGGUCACAGAUCCUGCAAGAUCUUGUUACGGAGCUGGUGGCGACCAUCUGUUGUCAGGACGACAAUGAGCAGCAGCCAUAUUGACUAUGGCAUCGAACUCAGACGUGAGACAGUCAGCGGAUGGUGUAUCGUACACUGGGACUAAACAAGCCUAGAACCGAGAUUUGGCAGAGGCUCAUUGUUCUGGCUAGCUCACUAGAGCAGGGCUUUCUUCAACUCUGUUUAAUAGCCCCACUGUAUUAUUGUAAAGCCCAGCAGAAUAUAUUGGCGCUAUCUAAAUAACAAUAAUACUGGCGUUGCGAGAGCCACACAUUCUUUCUUCAUGUUAGACAGUGCAGGAAAAGGUCUGCCCUGUGUAAUGUAAAAUAAUGCAUACAUAAAAGACUAGAAGUUAAUGUAUUAAUCAAACUAGCUACUAAUAAUGCA